AUGGCAUCACAGUACGAUGGAACAGACAUUCAAUACUACGAGUUGAAAGAUUUCACCUUUCAGAAUGGCGCAACUCUUCCGUCGGUACGCCUGGCAUACAGAGAAUUAAACCCGACAGGCCAGAAAACAGCUUUGAUCCCAACUUGCUUCCAUGGAAGGAUCAACAAUACAUUGAACUUUACCAACGGAGUACUUCGCGAUCACCGAGUGAUUGUUGUUGCACUGCUUGGCAACGGUGAAUCUGCCAGUCCGUCCAACACACCGAAUUUCCCAUCUCACCUCGACUAUCGGGAUUGCGUCAGGGCCCAAUUUAAACUGGUCACAGAGCAUCUAAAAAUCAAUUCACUGGAUGUGAUGGUCGGAUUUUCAAUGGGGGGACAGGCCACUUACCAUUGGCUUGCUUUAUAUCCUCAAAUGAUCCAUAACGCGGUGAUUAUCUGCUCGGCCGCCAAAACCAGCCUGCACAACUACCAGUUCUUAGAGGGUCCCAAGCAUGCUCUUCUGAAUUCGGUUGAUUACAACAACAGCUCUUUUCAAUCUCAAGGCACCCUGCCAAUUCGAGGUUUGCACGCAUUUGGUCAGGCUUAUUCCGCCUGGCUGACCAGUGCCGAGUGGUUCGAGGAGCGCCUAUUUGAAAAAUUGGGCUACAAAACUUUGAAUGACUGGGCCACUGUUGUGGGGGAGAAAAGCUAUGAAAGUUGGCACCCAGAUGAUCUCCUCGUCAUGCUUGGAAUGUGGCAGCGAUCGGACCUUGGUGUCGUACUGGGAUCAGAUCGGUCUCUAUCCCUCGAAGAUGCACUUCGCACUUUGACAAGCAGAGUUCUCCUGAUGCCUUGCCAAACAGAUCAAUACUUCAAAUGGGAGGCGAAUGAGAAGGAGGUUUCGCAUCUACCCAAGGGAGAGCUAGCGGUGAUACCCUCAAUUUGGGGCCAUCUGGCGGGAGGAGGACCCAGUCAAACCGAUAACGAGUGGAUGGAUCGUAGGAUUGCCAAGUUUCUUCAUGACAGAAUUUGA